CGGAAGUCAUAUCCUUGCUGCUGUCUUCACUCCGCCUCAGACAGAUGUAGAAACCUGUCUGUAGCACAUGUAAUUCUGUAAAGUCUGGUUUUGCGGGGCUCAUCUUCACGCUGUCGUCUCUUCACUGGUUCGUCCGUCAUGGCGCAGGAGAAUCUGUCUGUGGUGCUGCACUCGAAGGGAGACCUGAGGCUGGAAAAUCGCCCCAUCCCGGAACCAGGACCUAAUGAUGUGUUGCUCCAGAUGCACUCUGUGGGGAUCUGUGGAUCAGAUGUUCACUACUGGCAGCACGGCCAAAUCGGGGACUUUGUGCUCAAAAAGCCGAUGGUGCUGGGCCACGAGGCGGCAGGGCGGGUAGUGAAGGUUGGAGCUGAAGUCACACACCUUAAAGCAGGUGACAGAGUGGCCAUUGAGCCUGGUGUUCCCCGUGAUAUGGAUGAGUUCUUCAAAAACGGACGCUACAACUUGUCUCCAACCAUCUUCUUCUGUGCCACGCCCCCUGACGAUGGAAAUCUGUCUAGAUAUUACACACACAAUGCCAACUUCUGUUACAAGUUGCCUGAUAAUGUGACUUAUGAGGAGGGAGCUCUAAUUGAACCCCUGUCUGUGGGAAUCCACGCCUGUCGCAGGGCAGGAGUUACCAUCGGCAGCAGUGUGCUCAUCUGUGGUGCAGGACCAAUUGGGUUGGUCUGCUUGGUCGUUGCUAAGGCGAUGGGAGCCUCACAGGUCGUCGUCACAGAUCUGUCCUCAGAGCGCCUGGACAUGGCCAAAAAGUUGGGUGCGGACUUCCCGCUGACAGUGAAGAGAGGAGACGGACCCCAGAACCUGGCUCAGGGAGUAGCUGACAUGCUUGGUGGUCAGCCUCAAAUUACCAUUGAAUGCACUGGUGUUGAGAGCAGCAUUCAAACUGCCAUCUAUGCUACCCGUUCAGGAGGUGUUGUGGUGCUGGUGGGUCUCGGGUCUGAAAUGGCCACGAUUCCUCUGAUCAACGCUGCUGUCAGAGAGGUGGACAUCAGAGGAGUUUUUCGCUACUGCAACACCUGGCCGAUGGCCAUAGCCAUGUUGGCUUCUGGUAAGGUGAACGUGAAGCCCCUCGUCACCCACCGUUUCCCUCUGGAGCAGGCGGCACAGGCAUUUGAAACAACCCGUCAGGGUGUCGGGAUAAAGGUCAUGUUAAAGUGUGACCAGGAUGACCAGAAUCCCUGAGAGGGACUGCUGCUGCGACAAAACCUCACAAACUUAGAGCAACUCAUGGUGACAGGCGAACACAGACACCAUGGACUUUGAACUGUAGAUAGAUAACAGGAUGAGUUCAAAGAGAUGCACAAACAACACUGUGACACAAGUGACAGCCUCAUAGCCUGUUAGCCUGCACAUCAGACAUGUUGGCAUCAAGUGGUACGAGUAAUUAUUUAAUGGUGCUGAACUUUGUUUGAUAACUAAUAUUUUAGUAAAUAUUUAAUCCAUUUUAGAUUGCUGAUAAUUUAACUUCUAUUGGAAGCACUGUAGAAAAAAGAAUCAUUGAUUAAUAAAAAUUAAAACAGCAAAACGUU